AUGAUAAUAUAAUAUUUUUAUGUUUUUUUUUUGUAUUACAAAAAUCAAAUAAUUUAAUUAUUAUUUUUAUUAUGUAAUACACAGAAGGGAAUAGCAAAGAGUUUUCUGAUUUUUCUAUCUUAAAAACUAAAAAUAGUGAAACCUAAGUUGUGCAACCAAUUGAAAAUCCGUAAACAAUCAAAUUUGAACUAUAGACCACCUAUAAAGUUUACACACUAAGAAGCUGAAGAGAUAAUUCAAAAAUUUCGCACAUACAAACCUUAUAAUAAAAAGUUCAAAUAUGAAAGACUUCUAAAAUUUGAGAAUUGCAGACUCAAAAUUUAUAAAGAUUCAUAUUACUUUGGUUAAUUGAUAAAUGGUAAAAAGAAUGGACUUGGAGUAAUAUUGAGUAAUAAUGGAAGAAUCUAUGAAGGUUAAUUUGAAAAUGAUAGAAAACAUGGGUAAGGAUAUGAGAGAUUUCCAGAUAAAACAUCUUAUGAAGGUACGUACAUAAAUGGAAAACCUGAUGGAAAAGGUAAAUUUCUUUGGGCUAAUGGUGAAGUAUAUGAAGGUGGAUGGUUAAAUGGAUUAAAACAUGGUGAAGGAAUAUGGAAUGGACUGAAAGGGACUUCUUAUGUUGGGGAAUGGAGAAUGGGAAAUCCAGAUGGUUAUGGAGUACAUGUUUGGGUGAAUGGAGAUAGAUAUGAAGGAGAAUUUCAUAAUAGUUUAAAACAUGGUCAAGGAAUUGAAUAUUUUAUUAAUGGGGAUAUUUAUAAAGGAUAAUAUGUUAAUGGUAAACCUGAAGGAGAAGGAGAAUAUUAAUGGAAUUCAGGUAGUUAUUAUAAUGGAACAUUUUAAAAUGGAUUAAGACAUGGAAAAGGAUUAUGGAUCAAAGAUAGAAAUGCUACAUUAACUGAUUCUUAUGAAGGGGAAUUUGUAAACGAUAAAAAAUGUGGUUAUGGAGUAUAUAAAUGGGCCAAAGGAAGUAGAUAUGAAGGAAAUUUUUAUGAUGAUGUUAGACAUGGAUUUGGAAGAAUGUAUUGGAAUGAUGGAUCAUAUUAUAUUGGUAUGUGGGAAUAAGGAUAUUAAUGGGGAGAAGGAGAAUAUGUAAUUAUUUUAUAAUUGUUAGUGUAAAAAAGGAGAAUAACCUAAAUUUGGAACUUUUGAGAAAAAUCUAUUAGUUAAUGAAGAUUAAGAAAAGUUAUUAUAAUAUUAAAGCAAAUAACCACUUUAAAUUAGAAUUAGAUAAUAUACAAGUAAUUGACAUUUAUUAGAUCUUAUUAGCAAGUUAACGUAGUGUAAGAUCAAAUAGUUAAAGACCAAGUAGUCAUAGUCAAUAAAGAAAUAUUAGACCAAGCAGUGUCAAAAGUGUUAAUUAAAUUAGAUAAGGAUCAACAGGCAAUAAUUAGUUUUAAUGUAAGAAAAAGAGAUAACCAUCAUUACCAAAAUAAUUAUUUGAUUGCAAUUUUUGAAGAUUUUCAAAAAUGAUAG